AUGAUGAUAAAAAGAUCAGACCAGCUUUCCGCGCCACCUGCCCCAACGCAGCCGGGCAUUUCCAUUGUUGAUUAUACCAAGAAGGCUACGGUGGAAAUGGAGAAGCAACUGGUGAAGAUCGGGCUGAUCUCCAAAACGGAUAUUAAAAACCAGGACCCGGAAAACCCGGCUUACCGCAAGUAUUUCUAUCACGGCAUUACCCACCACCUGGGCAUUGAUGUGCAUGAUAUCGGCACCCGUGUAUUACCGAUCAAAGAAGGUAUGUUGUUUACGGUAGAGCCGGGCAUUUAUAUUGAAGAAGAGCAAAUGGGCAUCCGUAUUGAAAACAAUAUCUGGAUCACCAAAACGGGUCAUGUGGAUCUGUUCAAGAACAUUCCGAUCACGGUGGAAGAAAUUGAAGCUGCGAUGAAGUAA